UCGCCUCUUUCUCGCGGGGCCGCCCGGAAGGAGGAAGGGUUGGGCGGAGGCGAUCCCAGGCUCAGAAGCCGGCAACUGCUGCAGCGUCCCGCACCAUGUCUGCGCGCAACCCGGGCACGGAGCUCGACCUCAGCUGGAUCUCCAAAAUACAAGUGAAUCAACCGGCAGUUCUGAGACGUGCAGAGCAAAUCCAGGCUCGCAGAACCGUGAAAAAAGAGUGGCAAGCUGCUUGGCUUCUGAAAGCUGUUACCUUCAUAGAUCUUACUACACUUUCAGGCGAUGACACAUAUUCCAACAUUAAAAGGCUCUGUUAUAAAGCCAAGUACCCAAUACGGGAAGAUCUCUUAAAAGCUUUAAAUAUGCAUGAUAAAGGCAUCAGCACAGCGGCCGUUUGCGUGUACCCGGCCCGCGUGUGCGACGCGGUGAAAGCGCUGAAAGCUGCAGGCUGUGACAUCCCUGUGGCGUCAGUGGCCACUGGCUUUCCGUCUGGACAGACUCAUUUAAAAACGCGAUUAGAAGAGAUCAAAUUGGCUGUAGAAGAUGGAGCUACAGAAAUCGAUGUGGUAAUUAACAGGACCCUGGUGCUGACAGGCCAGUGGGAAGCCCUGUAUGAUGAGAUCCGUCAGUUUCGCAAGGCUUGUGGGUCAGCCCAUCUCAAAACCAUCCUAGCAACAGGAGAACUCGGAUCUCUUACUAACGUCUAUAAAGCCAGUAUGGUAGCAAUGAUGGCAGGAUCAGAUUUUAUUAAGACUUCUACUGGAAAAGAAACAGUAAAUGCCACCUUCCCAGUAGCUAUAGUAAUGCUACGGGCCAUUAGAGAUUUCUUCUGGAAAACUGGAAACAAGAUAGGCUUUAAACCCGCAGGAGGCAUCCGCACUGCGAAGGAUUCCCUUGCUUGGCUGUCUCUCGUAAAGGAGGAGCUAGGGGAUGAGUGGCUGAAGCCAGAGCUCUUCCGAAUAGGUGCCAGUGCUCUGCUUUUGGACAUCGAAAGGCAGAUUUAUCAUCACGUGACUGGAAGAUAUGCAGCCUAUCAUGAUCUUCCAAUGCCUUAAAUCAGCAACAAAUUCCAGAGUUUGUUUUUUUACAAUGUUUAAAAAUUAUUUUUCUACAUAAUUUCUAAAAUUACUUCAUUAAAAAAUGAGGGAACAGGAAACUGUCUUUUUUCCCUUAAAAUUUUCAUUGACUGUAAUUCAAAGAAUGAAAGAAAAAUAUCAGCUAUUCCACACAUGGUACUCAUUUCAGGCACAGGUGAAAUGGUCUUAAUUACUAGAUCUGCACUGUUAAUUUUGUGAAGGUUUUCUCUUAAAAACUCUGAGUAAUAUGUUAACGAUAGCUUUGACAACAUUAAAUUUGAAGGGAAAAAGCGUUAAACUGCCCAAGAAACAUUCUCUAGCAAAAGAAAAUGCAGCAUCCUGACCUGCCGCUGCACUCAAACAACUUUGGGAGUCACUAACUAGGCACUAAUUUCCUAAUGUGAAAAUCCACCUUUAAUUUUUGCUACAGAUAUGCUCUUUUAUUAAUUGUUUUGUUAAUGAAGUUUCUGUCAUAUACAAAACUAUGGAUAUCAAUGUAUGUUUUAAAUAAAAACAAAC